AUGAAGUAUAGAGAACAUGUACAAAAGAAUUACCACUGGAUAAAAGACAUGAAUGCUCGUAUUGGCGAGACAGUGACUUUGAACUCCAGAUACACAAGGCUGGUUCUUGUCAGUGGACAUCGCCAUGAGAAAAGGAAAGAACAUGAAAUCAUGGCUGUGGGGAGGAGACAUGCAGAAAUCAUGCGGGAACAAGUGAAUUCUUCUAUUGCUGUAGGUGAUCUUUUUAAACCUGAUAGAGAUAGACAGACACUGAAGACUGUUGCACUCCUGGGAGCUGCAGGAAUUGGGAAGACAAUGACAGUAAGAAAGAUCAUGCUGGACUGGGCAUCAGGGGGGCUUUACAGAUAGUUUGACUAUGUUUUCUACAUACAUUGUCGGGAAGGUAAUUAUCUUACAACUCAGGCGAGUGUGGCUGACAUGAUCUCCAAAUGCUAUCCUAGUAGUAACCCACCACUUGUAGAGAUCUUGAGAAAGCCAGAAAAUCUCCUCUUUAUCAUUGAUGGCUUUGAUGAACUGAGGUUUUCCCUGGAUCAACCACAAAGUGACCAUUGCUGUGAUCCCUGGGAGAUGAAGCCAGUGGAAAUCAUCCUAAGCAGUUUAUUUAGGAAAACUCUUCUCCCUGAAUGUUCCCUGUUGAUCACAACACAACCAGCUGCCCUGCAGAAGCUGGAGCAGUGCUUGGAGUGUGAACGUUCUGCUGAAAUACUGGGAUUUUCAGAAGCUGAGAGGGAGGAAUAUUUCGUCAAGUUUUUCAAAAAUCAGGAAGUGGGAAGAAAGGCCUUUCAGUUUGUCAAAGGAAAUGAAAUGCUCUUCACCAUGUGCCUUAUCCCCAUCAUGUGUUGGGUUGUCUGUACUGUUAUAAAACAACAACUUCAAAGUGGUGAAGAUCUUGCACAAACUGCCAAGACAACUAUGUGGAGGACUGGAAUAUAUGUCCUUUAUAUUUCCAGCUUAUUAAAAUCUCUGAGCAGCAAGUUGAAACAGAACUUGCAUGUUAUCCUGAAGAGACUUUGUUGCCUGGCUGUUGAUGGGAUCUGGAAGCAGAGUCUCCUCUUUGAGGAAGAGGCAAUCAAUGAAUUCUUGUUAAAUCAAAGAGAAGCUCUCCCGCUCUUGCUGAUUGAGAGCACUUUUCAAAAGGGCAUUGUUUGUGGAAAUGCCUACAGCUUCAUUCAUCUGAGUGUCCAAGAGUUUUUUGCAUCUCCGUUCUACAUACUAGAAGAUGAUGGCAAAAAGAGAAUGGACAGUAGAUCCUAAGAAGGAUUGGUAGAAAACUAUGGAAACUCUAGACAUGAUUUCAUGCUAACUGUGCGGUUCCUCUUUGGUCUCUUAAAUGAGCAACAAAGAAAGACUAUGGAGAAAGAAACGGGAUGCAAAAUUUCAACUGACAUUAAGAAAGAAUUGUUAAUAUGGCUUCAGACUAACCAAAAAACAGCUUUAGCUGUUCAUGCAGAGAAGAAAGCUUUGAUUCAUGAUUUGGAAGCUUCUCACUGUUUGUACAAAAUUCAAGAUAGAAGUUUUGUGAAAACUGCUUUGGGUUAUUUCACUGGAAUAUAUUUACGAGACAUCAGUCUUACUCAACUUGAUCAAAUGGUUCUUUCAUUCUGUGUAAAAAAUUGGCCUAAACUGGAGUCACUUGACCUCGGCUGUUGCUCAUUUAUCUCUGAAGACCAUGAAGAACAUUUAGACCAACAGCUAGCAAAGCUGUCACAUCUGUAA